AGAUGCCUCCAUACAUUCUUGCACAGCUGUCAGUUUUGCAUCUGUCAACGUCAUCGUAGAUAUAUGAUAUUUUCUUUUAAAUCCAAUAGACUACUUUAAUACAAAUUAUUCAAAAUAAUAAAGAAUAAUUUUUGCAGCAAAUAGAAACGAAUGAAUAAUGAUGAUAUAUCGACAGCACUUUAGAGAAUUAAGAAAGCAAUUAUUGUAAUAAUGCAUCCAUUGAAUUAAGUGAUAAAAUAGUAUCAAUGUCUGGAAACGCAGAAGGACCUGCCAUGGAAAACCAUCCCCCAGAUUAGAUUUCUAAGAUCAUUUUUAUGCUCUGCUAUAAACCGGGUUCCACCUGAAGUCACCGAAUUAAAAUAGGCAUAAAAGAGACGCCAAAAAGGAACUGAAUAUGAAGAGAGCAGAACCAAGUAGUGUAGAGUAUAGGUCAUUCAGUUUGCAUUAGUGUGAAGGAGAUUGGCUAGCAAUAUCCAAAGUACUGCAGUAGUUACUUUGGACCCGUGCCAGGCACCGUUCGCGUCCGCAACGACCUGUUCCAGAACCCUUUGUUCAACGUGCGCGACCGACUUUUCCACACCUUAUUCUUCAGGGCGGCGCUGGCGUACGCGCGGACAUUCCCGCGGCCUCUCCGUAGGUUCAUCGAGUUUCUGAUUCUGAUUAAAGCCAUUGCUGCAUUCUUCGUGCUUGUGUAUAUACACGUGGCCUUCUCGCGGACACCGUCGACGUGCUUGAUGCACGUCAAGGACACCUGGCCGAGGGAUGGUAUACUCAGGGUAGAGAUCGUCAGGAAUGCAGGUAAAGAUUAUAGUAUAGAGCAAAGCUACGCGAAAGAAGAAAUGCUCAAACAACAAGGUAAAACUGAAGAUUUUGCUCAAAUGAUUGGCCUUCUGGCGAGAGAUGGAUUCAUCAACAUUGAACCAUCAUCAGUUGAAGACACUUCUAAGGAGACUCAACCAUUAGUCUCUGACGUUGAUUCAUUUAGCAGUAAUAAUACAACUGAUCCACCAGAAGAAGAGGUUUCCGGGAUACUACCCGAUUCCUUGGCGAAUAUAUCCAGUGUGUUUCCCACUGUAUGGCCCAACCAAGAAAAUGAAAUGAUAGCAACAGACCAACCACAUUUUCCGGAUGGAUCUUUAGAUUCAUCGAAUCAGUCUGAAAAUGCUACUUUGGAUGAAACCCAGAAAGUAAAGGAAAGCGUCGUGGAAGUAAAUAAGCCAAAAGGUUGGCACGAUGACGAGUACAUAGUAGAAUUCUCCCUGGAGUACGGCUUUCUCCGUCUGAACCCCGCGACCCGCGCGCGUUUGAAGAUCCCCGUUGAGAUCGUGUUCUUGGAUCCGACCAAGGACGAAUGUUUCGGUGACGCGUUUAGUCGGUUGAUUUUGGAAGAGUUCCUCGGCUAUGAUGACCUGCUGCUCGCCUCUAUCAAGUCUUUGGCCGAGAAGGAGGACAACAAGGGAUACUUGAGGAACGUUGUGUCUGGUGAACAUUAUAGAUUCGUGAGCAUGUGGAUGGCAAGAACGUCGUACUUCGCGGCCUUCUUCAUCAUGAUAGUGUUCACAGUAUCCGUGUCCAUGCUUCUCCGGUACUCACAUCACCAGAUCUUCGUCUUUAUCGUUGAUCUGCUUCAAAUGUUGGAAUUCAACGUUACCGUCAGCUUUCCAGCGGCGCCCUUGCUGACAGUCAUCCUGGCCCUAGUCGGUAAGUGAAGUUUUGAAUAUAUUAGCGACAUUUGUAGCGGGCUACCAAAAUGUAAGAUAGUAGCAUAACACAUCGUACGUUCCUGUUAGCAGAAGCGUUCUAUGUGUUAUGCUACUUUCUUACAUUUUUGUACCCGAGUAUACAG